UCUCUCUCAUCAUUUCUUCUCAACUCAUGUUUUCUCUCUCUUAAUUAAGAAGAAACUUCGAUUUCGCAAUUAAAAGGGAGCAAAAUUCAUUAAUUUCGGCUUUAUCAGUCUUCAGAUUCAACGAUCGUCAUCGGAAAAAACCCUAAUCAACCUACGAAAGUUCGUCGUUAUAAUCAUAAUUUUAGCUGGUUCUUUUAAUCUUUGCUUAAUUUGAAUAUUUAAUCGUUGCUUUAAUUUCCCAUCUGAUUGAAUCGAAUUGGGGUUUGAUUUGUGCUUGAAUUAGCUGAGAAAAGGUAGGUUUAGUGGUUUUUGAUCAAAGAUUGAUUUUUUUAUUAGGAUUUAGUUCUAUAUGAUAAAUUAUUGAAAUUUUUAGGUUUUGGAUUAUACAGAAGAUUACAAGUUGUGGGAAACAGUUUGUGCUAGGAAAUAGCGUGAUUUAGGGUUUGUUAAUGACAAUAUAUGGAAUUAAUUUGGUUAUUAUGAUUGCUUUCUGGAAAUUAGGGUUGCUUAAUUAAGACAUAAAGAUGAAUAUUUUAGCUUAGGUUUGUGAAUUAUAACUUUAUAUUGUGUUGAUUGUCUUUUUAUUGAUGGGUUAAAUUUAUUUAAUUUGUUGGUGUUUGCUUUUGCUGUGAUUUUCUUUUUGUUGAUCUGCUUAUCUGCAAUUAUUUAUUAUGUAAGCAUUUGAAAUGGCUGCAGCUCCAUUAGUAAUUGAAGCUUUUGUUUAAUACUGUAUAAACUUCCUAUUGUGCAUGCUAUUGUGAUGUGUAUUAUACAAUUGGCAUGCCCAAUUUAUUGUUCGUCGUAUGUGAGACAUGGAUGGCCUUUCUUCCAUGUUUGUAGAUGUGAUGAACUCUCCUCUGAUGUAUAUUGGUGGAGGGUUUUGGGAGGAGGGGGUGAAAAUCGUUGAGGGAUGGUUCAAAUGCCAAAUGGGGUUUCUAAUCGUAGUUACAGCGGGUUUUGAUUGCGUAUGUUGGAUAGAUUCUUCGAUUUCGUAUUGUAAAAUGAGUGAGUUCAUGAGAGACAAAUUACACUGUCUGUGAGAUAUAACCAUAGUGUCUCUGCUCAGUUUCAUAAGAACUAUGAAGCUGCAAUUCUAUCAUUGGCUGUUGGACUUACAGGCUGUGUAACCACGAUGCGUAACUCUGAUUUUAGAUUGGAAAGGAUUGCUAACUUCAGGUGAUACUGUAGGAUUUCGCCUGAUUAUGUGAAUAUAAGGCAUUUAACUUUGUACAGUAAGAUUUCAGGGCUCUUGAGAAAUAACCCAUAAGGCCAUUUCCCUAUAACUCUUCAAGUCACCUUCUGCAGUCAUCAGUCUCUCGUAUACUUUGAAGCACCGUCUGUUGUUUGUCUUUACUUUGUAGGUUAUUAAUCUGAGUCUUUUGUUAGUCUGGCUUUUGACCCUGCCGUACCAUUUCUGGAUAUAAUUUUCACCCGUCAAUGGCCGAGGAUUCUUUGGUACUUUAUCUAAAAGUCUUGAACCAUUAGAAAGACUUAGAAUACGCUGUGUUUUGAUGCCUUUGAAGGACUCUUAAAUCCCUAGGCAACUGAAUACCAAUUGUCAGAAUGGUCUCACAGAAGGUACUUCGGAGCAUGGGGCGACAAGCUGAAUUAUAUCACAUUAGGGUGCAGGCUACUCAAGUAGUUUCUGUUAGGUUUUAAAUUUCUGCCCUAGGGAUGAAAAUAGAGGAGGCCCCGAUAUUGCAUGAUAUGUAAUAGAUUAUUGUUCCAAUUUCCAAAAAGUGGAGUUCAUGAAGAUCAAGUAUUAGUAAUCAGGGUAAUUUAAGGAACUUAAAGGUGUUUUCAUCGGAAGUCAUGAAUCAAGGUAGGCAUGUUGAUGGACCAUCAACACACAACUCUCACACAUUCUCCCUGUAUGGUUGUUUCGUUUUAGACGAGAAUUGAUUUGUGUGAUCUACUGCUCUUACCAUAGGUUGAGGCUUGUAUUGUUCAUCUCCAAUUUAGUUGGACUCGUUUUGGACCUUCAAGGCAUCAAGAGAUCUUGCAUCACUGUUGAUUUCUACAAAACCAAGAAGCUGUGGAGUUCCUGAUUGCUGUAUAUUCUAGUUUGUAGUGGGAUAUAUUUAGAUCUUCUUUUUUGAUCUGCUCUCUUCUGGCAGUUGUGACGAUUGGAGCUGUGCAGCCUUGCUUCAAUUAUCUUCUUGCUGAUGUCAUUGCUCUGCAGCAGUGUAGAAGAAAUCAAGGAUAUUUACCUGGGUGCCUUGGAUGCUUAGUGUGCCUUUUUGGGUUGUAGGAUUAGUCCUAAAUGAUACUCUCAAUGCAGGUAUUUUAGCUUGCUUUAAGCAGCUUAGUGACUCUAAGAUUCAUCAUGGGAGCAAUCAUGAAGGAGUACGAGUCUAUGAAGUCGCACUCAGACAGAAAAGUCUCUGCGGAUGCCUCCUAUUGUGCAGACACUGUGCUAGAUAGGGGCUACAUGGAGUAUGGAUGUCAGCAUUAUCGGCGAAGAUGUCGAAUUAGAGCACCUUGUUGUAAUGAGGUGUUUGACUGCCGCCAUUGUCAUAAUGAAGCGAUGAACAGCAUCAAGCUUGAAAAGACAAAGAGGCAUGACAUUCCUCGACGUCAAGUUCAGCAGGUGAUCUGCUCUCUUUGUGGUACUGAACAAGAGGUUCAACAAGUGUGUAUCAAUUGUGGUGUUUGCAUGGGAAAAUAUUUUUGCGAGACAUGCAAGCUAUAUGAUGAUGAUGUAUGUAAGAAGCAGUACCACUGUGAAGGGUGUGGAAUCUGCAGAAUUGGAGGACGAGAAAAUUUCUUUCACUGUUACAAAUGCGGUUGCUGCUACUCCAAGGUCUUGAAAAAUAGCCAUCCUUGUGUAGAGGGGGCAAUGCAUCAUGACUGUCCCGUGUGCUUUGAGUAUUUGUUUGAGUCCAGAUAUGAUAUCACUGUAUUGCCAUGUGGACACACAAUCCACAAAAACUGCUUGGAUGAAAUGAAGGAGCACUAUCAGUAUGCUUGCCCCCUAUGCUCAAAAUCGGUUUGUGACAUGUCUAAGGUGUGGGAGAAAUUUGACAUGGAAAUUGCCGCAACUCCAAUGCCAGAACCUUACCAGAAUAAGAUGGUCUCUAUUCUUUGCAAUGACUGUGGGUCAAAAUCUUGCGUUCAGUACCAUAUCGUGGCUCAAAAGUGCCCGAACUGUAAAUCUUACAACUCUCGUCAAUUAGGUUAAAAUGUGGCUUUUGUUGAGUACCAUAUGAUUUCUUCCGAUGGAUUUAUCAGCGCCUUAACCCCUUGUUUGACUCCGGACUCAACUGGGUGCAUGAUUGAUGUUUGGAAUGGGAACUUCGCGAACUAUUUGACCAAAGCUCGGUUGAGGCCUUCGAGUAGCUGCAAUUUUGUCACCUUCCGCCUAGUACAAACUGUAUUAUUUAAGUUUAUGUCUGGUCUUUUGUAUGAUUCAAUGUGUUGUAUCUUGUAUACAGCAGAGCUCCAGAUACUGUUGAGCUCAAUUUGCUUUGAUUUCAGGUUUACUAUCUCCUUGGAUUGAACUUAAAUCUUUAAAAUCAUAAUAUAGAGAAAUUGUCUCAGUUAAAAUUUCGCCUGAGAAAUACUUUCA